AUGCUGCACCUCUGGCACGUCGUCUCUGCCUUUGCGCUGCUGCUGCUGCAAGCGCGCGCCCUCGAGUUCGCCUUCACCACCUUCUCGUGCAACGAGGUGCGCUUCACCUAUGCGCUGGACCAGAACACGUGGGAGCGCCAGGCCAAUGUGCUGCUCAUCAACUACCGUGACGAGACGAUCGCUGCCGUCGAUAUCAACUCGCCGUCUGGCACGGGCUCGUUUGAUCCCACAGUGAUCACCGAGGCCGCGCGCUAUGACUUCACCGUGGCGCUGGGCAGCGACGCAUGCGAUGUCUUUGCGACGGACGGCGCCUGCUUCGAGGCUGGCCGCAACCAGCUCUACGCCCUCACGAUCAGCCAGCAAGCAACGUGCGACGGUGAGGGCACGGGCGACGCAGAUGCCACCUCCAACCUGCCGGCCGACGGCGCGCAGAGCUCAGAGGCGGACGAGGCAGACAAUCAGGCGCUCAACUCGGCUGUCGUGCCCGACGACAUCGCACACACUGCCGGCGCCGUGACGGUGUCUGUCGGCUCCGCGGAGGCCAGCAGCACCGGCAGCGGCGCUCAGACGGCUACGCCUACGAGCAGCGCCGCGCCUACGACGGCCACGCUCAUUCCUCUGCCGCUCAGCUCGACCGCGCCGGCUGCCAAUGCCGCCUCGGCGCGCGCAGGCUGGUCCGGUGCUGCGGUACUCGCUGCUCUUGUCCUCGCUGCCGCCGUCUGA